AUGCCCGUCCUCGCGCGCGCGACGACGCCGCGCGUCGCGGCGACGACGCGGACGCGGUCGAUCGAACCCGACGCGAUCAUCGCGUCCACGUCGUCGCCCUCCUCCUCCAUCGCAUCGCGUCGCGUCGCCGCGACCGCGGUCGCGUCGUCCAUCCCCGCCGCCGCGCUCCUCCUCCGCGCCUCCGCCGCGCGCGCGGCCGACGACGCCGCGGUCGGGAUCGCGGUCUGGCGCCCACCGGACGGAUCCAACCCGCUGGAAGGUCUCCUCGGCGGGGAGUCACCGAUCCCGUUCGUCGACGGGUCGCUGACGGGGUACUGGUUCGUGGACGUGUUCGCGUACAUGAACCUCGCGCUGGUCACCGGGCUCUUGCUCGUGCCGUCGUCCCCGGGGGGCGGGAAGGGCGGAGAAGAAGAAGAAGACGGAGGAGGAGGUGGAGGAGGAGGAGGAGGUGGGGACGGGAGCGAUGAGGGGGGAGGAGCUUCGAGGUAG